UUUCAAUGGAAUUAUUUUAAUUUUCAUAAAUAACAAGUCCUUGGAGCCCAAGUCCACACUUUUUCACUGUUGCAGACUUCUUCUCCAAUCUUUUCAUCUCAACUGUCUGUCAUACAAGUCAUCGUCUUCCUUCACCCCUAUUUUGGCUCAAAAUUUCCACUCACAUAUACGCCCUUCCCCAAAAGAACUAAAAAGAAAACCUUCUUGGCCAUUGUACAUUUCCAAAGCCCCAGAAAGAAAAUGUCAGAAUCAGCCGACUCAAAAUUGGCCACAGCCAAGACGGUGUUAACCACCCUUGGCUCCGUCGCCGCCACCGCCAUGGUGGUCCGAUCGGUUGCCCGAGAAUGCGUCCCACAAGAGCUUCAAGACUACUUUUACUCCGGCAUUUGGAGAUUUCUUGAAAGGUUCUCUAAUCAGUUGACCAUGGUGAUCGACGAGUUCGAUGGGCUGGAGAAAAACGAGAUUUAUGAGGCGGCCGAAGUGUAUUUGGGGCCCAAGAUUACGCCCACCACUCGGAGGCUCAAAAUCAGCCGGCAAGAAAAAGAGAAGAAUUUCAAGUUGUCCAUGGAAAAGGGUGAAGAGAUUACAGACGUUUACAAUGGGGUGAAGCUGAACUGGGUUUGGAUUGCUAGGAAGGUUGAAACCAGGAAUUUUUACAAUCCCAGGGAUAUGAACUCCACUUUGAGGUCUGAGGUUAGGUCUUUUGAACUGACGUUUCACAAGAAACAUCAGGAUUUUGUGAUGAAUGUGUAUUUGCCCUUUAUUGUGGAUGAGGCCAAGUUAAGGAAGCAUGAGAAAAAGACCAUCAAGAUCCUUACAGUGGAUUAUGAACAGAUGUAUGAUUUGAACAGUGCCUGGAUUUCUGCGAGUCUUGAUCACCCUGCUAAUUUUGAUACACUGGCUAUGGACUCAGAGAUGAAGGCUAUGAUUAUGGAUGAUCUUGAUAGAUUUGUGCAGAGGAAGGAUUACUACAGGAAGAUUGGGAAGGCUUGGAAGAGAGGGUAUUUGUUGUAUGGUCCUCCAGGAACAGGGAAAUCAAGCUUGAUUGCUGCCAUUGCCAAUUACUUGAAUUUUGACAUCUAUGAUCUGGAGUUAACUGAGGUGAGGAGGAACUCUGAUUUGAGGAAACUGCUGUUGUCCACAGCCAACAAGUCUGUGUUGGUUGUAGAAGAUAUUGAUUGCACCAUUGAGUUCCAAGACAGAGUAUCCAACAAAGCUGUUCCUGUUGAUCCAGAAUCUGGAAAUCAUCAGGAAGAAAACAAGGUGACAUUGUCUGGUUUCCUCAACUUUAUUGAUGGUCUAUGGUCAAGCUGUGGAGACGAGAGAAUCAUAAUCUUCACAACAAAUCACAAAGAAAAAUUGGACCCUGCUCUGCUGAGGCCUGGAAGGAUGGAUGUUCACAUCCACAUGUCAUACUGCACUCCAUGUGGGUUCAAAAUCCUGGCUGCAAACUACCUUAACAUCAAAGACCAUAUCCUGUUCAAAGAAAUCGAGGCGCUGAUUGCAACAACCCAAGUGACCCCUGCUGAAGUUGCAGAGCAGCUGUUGAAGACUGAUGCGGUUGAUGUCACAUUACAGGGGCUGCUUGAUUUUCUCCAUGUGAAGAGGAAAGAGAAUGAGGAAACCAAAGCUAAGCAAGUGGAAGUGGAGAUGAAGGAUACUGAAGUGGCAAAUUUGAAGCAAGAUGAUGACGAAAAAGAAGAAGCAAAAGAAGUUGCGGAACAGCAACAAAGCUGAAGUUUACAUUGAUAUAGAUAAGGCAUGACAGAGACUUUUUGGGUUUAUAAUGGUUUUUUAGCUACUUGAGAGCGUUAAUGUCUCACUAACAAAUUGUUCCAUCCGGUCCGACUAGAUGAAUUUGCCUAUAUUUGGGG